AUGGACUGUUCAGGCAUCACUGACGCACGUGGAGAGCGUGGCCACGAGAGGGCGCCAGAUAGACGUGAGUGGGUCAGUGGGGCAAAGACUGCGGACUUGGGACUUCUCUGCACAGGUGUUUCGUUUGGUCAAGAGCAGCCAACAUCAGAAAGGCAAACAGCUCCUCUGAGGAGGACAGACGUGUGGAGCGGCUCCUGUGGAGCACUGUCACCUCCAAAGAGCUGCACUCCCCUCCUGACCCUCAAGGAUUUCUAUCUGAAGCUUGGCUCCUUCCUCAGUCUGAGGCUAUGA